AGCGGUGGAGGAAGUGGAGCUGUCACUUAUUUCCGACGAUCCUGUAGUAGCAGCAAACUCCUAUCGCCCGAGGGACGAAGAGUCCGAGCUUGCGAAGCAACCAGAUAAUCCUGUUGAACUAAUGUCUUCAUUUCCACGUGACAAACUUCUUUGCAUGAUGUCAUGUUGCCCGCGAGAAGAAUAGGUUGAGCUGCUGAAUGAAUACCAGGGAACGUCGGAAAAGGAAGGAUCGGUUUUUCCCAAGGAGGGCUCACUAUUACCCGAGCCAGCUGUCGAGGCUUGCAUAGCUAGCGCUGAUGUGGACGUGGUCCAGGGGGAACUUCCUAUUUGUUUUGAACCCGAGGACGAACAUGCGGGUAUUCAUGCCUCAAGUCAACAACUUCAAGCUAAAAAAAUUGAAAAGGAACUCGAUGAUAUUCUGCGUAAAGGAGAUUUCGACGCUAUUUAUCAAAAAGUGACUCCAAAAACCCUGGCAAGCUGUGAAAGAAAUACCUUACUCAAAGCUUUCCAGGUCAACAAGGUACUCCGAGAUUUAGCAGAUGAUGGAAACUCGGAGAAAGGUGAUAUAGAAAAGCUGGAAAAAUCUAUGAAUGAGUUCACAUCAACCUUGAUGGAUCCUCUUAAAGCCGACGCCGAUACCAGAAAUACCUUUCAAAGUUGUUUUGACUAUGUGAUAGACAAGGCUAUUGAUACGAAUCAGAAGAAGUUCAUCUCUCAUCCAGUGGUGUAUAACUUGGUCAAAUCCAGAUGGUAUCGCACCUUUUUCUCAGCAAGAAGAGAGUCAUGGCUGAAACCUAGACGCUGGGGAUACUUUUUACUCAACCUUUGGACUGUGUUCGACAUCGUCUUUUUCCCCUUCCUCUUUGCCAUUUUCUUUGUUAUGCAUUUGAUAAAACAUGUCUUGAGGAAAAGGAGAGAAAUUGAUAUGUGUUUUGUUUUGACGCUGGGAAAAGAUACGUCAGAAAAAGAUACGUCAGAAAAAGAGUUUAAUCUGAUCAAUGGGACCAUGAGCCACAUCGUUAAAAAAUACGGCGUCCGCCCUGCCAACUACUGCGUGGUUUUACAUGAAGAAAACCAACUGAUUGGUAACAUCAUAUUUGGAAAGAAGUGGUCUAGUGAGGACGAGCUUUUAAAUAAGAUUAAGGCAUUAAAGCAGCCAAGCUCUCCUAGCUCACUCUGUGAAGAUCUCGAAGCCGCUUGUACUGCAUUCAAAAGCCAAAACGUUCGAAAAGAAGCUAAAAAGCAGGUGGUUGUGCUCUUUCUUAAUGACUCGUUACCCACGGUUACUGCCAAAACUGAGAAUUUAAAGCGAGUACAAAAGAAGAUAAGGGAUAUGCAAGUUAACAUCGUUCCCGUCGGUGUUGGAGAUUACGCCAAAUUAUCAGAAUUAAAAGUAAUCGCAACUAAUGAUGGCACAGCACGUCGCUUUGGAGAAUACGAGUCACCUGAAACGUUGGGAACAGCUGUCAUACAAGGUAGCACAAGGAGACUUGGAUCAUUAUCAAUAGCUGGGAACAGACCCUUAUAUAAAACUACCAUGACAUUUUAUUCAAAACCCCCUUAUGUAAAUCAUCAUCGCUACAUAGCGACAAUAUAGAGGUACAAAUAUAAAACCCCUGGAUUUCAAGCACAGUUCUGACCUUCACGAUCGACGAUCGAUAUCAACAUCUGCGCGCAGACUCCUAGAUGUAACAUUUUACCAUCGCAAUAAACAACUGGACACACGUUUAA